AAUGUAGGUAGAACUUUGUAAUAAUAAAAUGUGCAAACUUUUAUUUAAUUUUUAUCACAAAAUUCUCACUGUAUUACUGGCUAUUUCCUGGCUAUAGCAAAUCACCAAUAUCAUUUAUCAACCUUUCUCACCUCUAUUUUUGGGUUCCUAUUUUCACCAGCAUAGGAUUGUAUGCAUGUAAAUGCAUGCAUAGAAUAUGAAGGUCUAGAUAUAUAAAAGAAUGAUAAGUGGGUUUAUUCACGCGGAAAAAAUAUCCUUACACCCCCUAAAUAUUUAAUUCUUGUAAUAAAAACUAAAAAUCAAACCAUAAGAAAGGUUUUUUUAUCGCAUUUCUUAAUAAUCUUUGAUACCACGGGCGCGUGGAAAAACAUCUACGCUCAAGCCUAAUUUUAAGAAAUAUUUAUCGGAAUUUUUUGUGCAAUCGUCAAUUGUACGCAAUUGUAGCGUUUGCAUGAAACGUUUUGCCAGUCGUCAUAGAGUAUUGAUAUUUUUCCAUAAAUAAAAUUAAAAUUGGUCCAAAUUCAAAACACUGAAACAAAAAUAGAACCAGCGGGUGAAACUAUAUAUUAUAUUCCUUGAAAAUUUCAAAGUAUAGCUGCGGAGCUUUUACUAUAAUACUAAUGUUGAUUAAAAUAAUCACUAGGGGAAGGGGGAAAUACAAAGAGUAGCACUAAAACAAAAAAUAAAAACUUUAAAAAAUUAAAAAAAUACUUACUCUUCAAAGACGACAAUGAAACGAUGAAGUUUCCCUCCUUUUUCAAUUUUUCAGGUGCACGUAAAACAGGAAUACUUCAUGUUAUUUUGCCCUACAGAGUACCGUCACCUCUCUAUUAUUCUCACUAUUCUUCUUGUUAUACGUAUUUUUUAAAGCGAUUUCAUUACGAUUGUUUUUUUUCAAAAAAGCCAAAGGGCUGUAUGGGUUGUGGAGGUUCCAAGUCUCAGCCACUUCUUGCAUCGCAACCUAAACUUGCUCCAAACAAGUGUCCCCCAUCACCCCCGACCCAGGAUCAUCCACCCAGUACCCCAAGCAAGCAUUCCCCCUCGUCCCUACCUGCUCCUGCUGAAACCAACAACAAUCACCCUCUUCCCAAUCAGACUGCGAAAGAUCAAGAACCCGGAUCGGAAACAGCUGAUUCUGAUCUCGAUUCCUUGGAAAUCUCUUUUGAAAAAGCUGCAUCCCUGCGCCUCGAAACACCGGCACAAAUGUGGGCCGCCGUGCGGAAAACGUGCUCCCCGAGUAAGAAGUGGACGAUAGAAAAGAAUAAAAGUAGGCGAGGGUGGAAAACCAUUCGUCUGUUUGUGUCCUCAACCUUCAAAGACUUUCAUGUUGAGAGAGAAGUUUUAGUUAAAGAGGUGUUUCCCGAUCUUCGUUUGUGGUGUGAACAACGAAAGCUUCAUCUCGUGGAGUGUGAUCUCAGAUGGGGUGUGCCGAAAGACUCUACCUCGGAGGAAACAAUUCGAAUUUGUUUGGAGGUUCUUGAUCGUUGUCACGAAGAAAAUGUUUUACCAUAUUUCUUAAAUUUAACUUGCGAGAGGGCUGGUUGGAUACCGACGUUUGGCGAUCUUACGUACAACCUUGCUGCUCAGUACGGAUGGGUUUACGGCCUCUCUGUUACAGAAAUGGAAAUUGUUCAUGGUGCAUUUAGAAAAUGCAAUCCAAAUGCUUUGUUUUUGAUUCGCGAUGGCGAAUUUGCUUCAAAACUGCCAAAAGAUGUAAAAGAAGCCUUUGUCGACGCAGACUCAUUCGCACAAAAAAAACUUGUGAAAUUAAAACAGGUUAUUUGCGAGCAAUUCCCGGAGCCAAACAUCCAUCAUUACCAAGUUGAAUGCAGUGAUGAGCAGGUCGAGGGAAUGACUGAGAGAGAUGUGAAACUGAAGGGCCUAAGCGGUCAGGGCUCUUUCUUUUAUAAAACAGUGUACGAAUUCUUUAAGACAAGGAUAGAAGAACAAUAUCCUCUUGAUCCAACCCCAGAGGACCCACUCGAGGCCCAGAGGACUGCGCACGAGUCAUUUCUUGAUAUCAGGUCGCAGUGUGUUCUGGGAAGGGACGGCGUACUUGCCAAGAUCGAGGAGUAUAUUCGUAGUAAUCCCAGGAAUGCUCCGUUGCUGCUUGUUGGGAACGCAGGCUCAGGAAAGUCGGCUAUUAUGGCAAAGUCAGCGCACGACGCCGUAGAAAAGUCGCAUAAUUCGACGGAGAUCAAUUUCCCCAGACAAAUGUUAAAGUGGAAAGUUUACUUUCAUUUCGUCGGUGCCACCCCGGGCUCAACCGACCUGGCAUUUUUCCUUCAACGUUUAACAAAAGAACUUAAUCCUAGAAAGACGGACGUGGUCAGUGAUCUGGACUCUCUUGUACAGUUGGCGAAUUCACUACUUUCUAACCCGAAUACUCCGCCAACGAUUGUGUUUGUUGAUGCAAUUAAUCAGAUGGACAGUGAUAAACUGCAGUAUCUAACGAGAUGGCUGCCGGAGGUCGUCUCUCCGAAUGUUCGCAUUGUUCUGUCCAUGAUUGACGAAACGGAUUGUCAUCGUUUACUGAGGGCGUACAAAACGAACCCUACGGAGAUUGUCGUUGGUGAACUGGAUUACGACUCGAGAAAGGCAAUAGUCGUGAACAAUCUUUCUCGUUACAAUAAACGGCUUGACGAUGAACAGAUGAAGCUUCUUCUUAGUAAGAAAGGUUCAGCCAAUCCCUUGUGGUUGUCUCUCGCUUGCGAGGAACUUCGCGUUUACGGAGUAUUUAGGAUGGUCAAUGAUAAGAUUCAGUCUUUAUCUGAUGAUUUACUAAGUCUGGAGGAACAAGUGUUGACUCGUUUUGAGGAGGAGAAUGGCGGGCAACUAGUCAUAGCAACGGUUUGUUUAUUGGAAACCUCGCGUCACGGCCUCUUGGAAACCGAACUCCUAGAGCUUCUAGCCGAUGAGAGCAACUUAACCCCCCCGGAAUACAAGGCGGGCGAUGACGAAGUCUGCAGUACGAAAGCGGAAAAUUCGUCCCAGGGUGCCGGCAUGAGUGACGCGACCGAGGCUCUGGCUGAUAAACUACAAGAGCAAGUUAACAUUGCGUAUGUUCAAACUGCAGAGUCUAAGGACGAGGCGAAAAAGAAGGAAGAGGCAGAAGAAGCUAGUUCAUCCCAGAAACGCCGGCGAAUUCACCUGCCAGCGGUCAAGUGGGCCAUAGUGUACCGCGCUUUGAAGCCGCUGUUGAGACCGUGCGGGGACUUGGGCGAGGGAAGAUUAGACUUCUAUCAUCGAUCAAUCAGUAAAGCCGUAAGAAGAAAAUAUUUUAGCGGCGAUGAGGCUUACAAGAAACACAUGUACACGUUUUGGCACGGACGUCUUGCAGAGUUUUUUGAACACUGCGAGGAUUUCGAUCGCAAAUCUGAGGAAUUACCGUAUCAUCUUGAACAAUUGCUGGACAACAACCGUUUGACUCGUUGUCUUCUUGAGUGGCCUGUUUUCGAGCGUCUGUUUUCUGAAGACUUCAGCGUUGACUUACUACGUUCUUGGCAAAAGGCUGGCGGCUAUGCAGCAGCUUCAAAUCUCUACCGAGAAUCGCUCAAUAUCCUCGAGAGUUCUGGUGCGUCCGCCGCCGAAGUUGCCGAGCGGAAGUUUAUGGUCAUAACGUUCUUAAUCCAAGCCGGACAAUACAAGGAGUCUCUUGAACUUCUGGAGGAACUCAGAAAGAUUGAAGAAGAGCAGAUGGGAGCCAGAACUGAGAAAAUGGCGGAAAUUUAUCAACUCAUGUCCAAGACAAAAAGCGAGAUUGUCAAAAAUUACAACUUUGUGACUAAAAAUCAACUCAAAGAAGAUCAGGAGAUUGUUAGAUUUUGUGAAAAAUGCAUCAGUUACCGAGAGAAGUUAAGUGGGGACGAGAAUGAGAAUAAAUUGGGCAAUAUAUACAUUAUUAUGACGCACCAUCUCAGUACAAUAUGUGAUAUUGAAAGCUCGAGUGAUGUGCGAACUCAGGCUUUUGCUUCAGUCGAGAACGCAAUAGAAAUCUUUAAAAGGGUAAUAUUCUUUUGCUUCCAUCGCCCGUAAAAGUUAAAUACCCCCAAUGCAGUGUUCUUUAUAGGCCAGAACCUCCAAAAGAAUUCACUAAUUAGACCCAUGAUUUGUGCUAGGAGUCACCGGUAAAGCUGUACAGUUUUAUUCUAUCUGGAUCGAUAAUCCAAAUUUGAUGCAUGCGGGGCAACAAGGGAAGCUUGAUCAAGUUUUUCCACGCACAAUCUGCAAAUCCUCGAUUUAACAAUGUGACAUUAUACACAUGACUCAAAUUUAACAUUUACCUGAUGUUUCGAAGUAGCUAUGUUCUAGCUGUUGCAUGCUAAUUUCACACAGUUGUCUCCUGAAAAGAUUUUUAGUCGUUUGUCACCGUUUACAAUCGUUUAAUUGCAUUU